AUGGUAAUCAAUCCUCCCAAGCCCAUCCGCUCGUGGAUGGCUCCUCCUGGCCCCAAUCCAAGAAUGGUGCUUUUCUUGCUUGAGGAGCUUGGAUUAAAUUACGAGAUCAAAUCAUUUCAUGUCAACGAUGUUAAGAAGCCGCCUUUCAUCAACAUCAACCCCAACGGCCGCGUGCCAGCGAUCGAAGAUCCCAAUCUCGACCUGAAUCUACGGGAUUCAGGCGGUAGCAACCAAUAUAUCAUCGAACAAUACAACAUAGACAGGCGCCUCAUAUAUACUACUAUCAAAGACAAGCACUUAUGUAAUCACUUCCUUUAUCUUCAAAUAAGCGCUCAGCACUUGUUUCUAGAGAAGAUCCUCUCAGUGAUUAGGCGCUAUUCAUACGGAACCAGGCGUGUACUAGGUAUGCUGGAGAUCGUGCUUUCUGCUAAGCCUGCAAUCCGUGCCUGGCAUGAACAUAUGGUGGAGUUGCCUUUGUGGAAGCGUGCUAUAGAGACAUGUGCUCGACUGAUGGAGGAGCAGGGUUUAUAA